AGCCAUUUGGGCUCGGGUGGUCUCGAACCUGGCCAGCGGCAGGCCUCAGCCUGCGAGGGUCGUACUCUGGCCACGUGCCGCAACGCCCAAGACACCGGAGCGCGCAGAGAUGGCCGCUGUGGAGGCGGCGGCCCUCGCGGACCCCGGCCUCUUCUGGCCGUGCGCGCUGCUGGCGGGCGCCCUUGGGGUGCUGAUGGCCAUGCUGGACGACGUCAAGCCGGUGGAGGGGGGCAACCCCACCUCGCACCUGGGCGAAUGCGCCGACCACGCCGACGCACUAUUCGCGGACUACCUCGGCAGCGGCGUCGGGCUCGGCGUGCUCGAGCCGAUGUGGCGGCUCUUCACUCCGGACGGCCUGCUGUGGACCCUACUCACCGGCUGGUACCCCCGCGACGAAGCUGGGGCGCUGGGUCUGGGCGGCUUGGCCGCCGCGGCCGGGUUGCUGGCGUCCAGCGCCGCCGCGUGCCUCGCGCACCUGGCCAGGGCGCUGUGCCUGUGCCCCCGGAGGCGCGGGAAGCCAGCGUCCGCGGCGCCGUCCACCUCGGGGGCGCCCGCGAAGCCGGAGCGCAUACACAUGAGCCUCGCGGUGGAGGCCCACGCGUACUGGGGCUACCUCAGGCUGUUUGUGCUUGGGGCCGUCCGAGAGUACAUCAUCAGGGUCUGGGCUCUGUGCGGGAGCGCGCCGGCGAAGAGGUACAUUGCACGAGAUCAGUGGAACUCAGGGUGGGUGGAGUUCUACUUUCAGCACAUGUACAAGAACAUUGCUGACUGCUUCAAUCGUCCCAUAGCGUCCGCCCCGGACGCCAGCGUCGAUGUCGUGACGCGGGAGCGCAGCGGCGGCCUGUGGUUCAGGCCGCUGCACGACUUCCAGUGCACCAGCAGCACGACGACAUGCGUGAACCUGGCGUCGUACAACUACCUGGGCUUCGGCGGGGUCGACGAGUUCUGCACGCCCGCGGCCAGGGCCGCCGCCCUGGAGAGCGGCUUCUCGGCGGGCGGGACGCGCACGGAGGGUGGAACCAUGCCCGUCCACCUGGAGCUCGAGAAGCAGAUCGCGGAGUACUUGAACAAGGAGGACGCCAUGGUGCUCGGGAUGGGCUUCGCGACGAACUCCGCGGUCUUGCCCGCACUCUUCGAAGCCAGGGCGGGCGGCGCGGGGGUGCUCGUGCUGAGCGACAAGCUGAACCACCGGUCCAUCGUCGAGGGCGUGCGGCUCUCCGGCGCCACGGUCCGUGCCUUCUCGCACAACGACAUGGGCGACCUGGAGGCCCAGCUGCGGAGGGCCGCGGAGGAGGGGCAGCCUGGCGGGAAGCCCUGGCGAAAGGUGUUCAUCGUCGUGGAGGGCAUCUACUCGAUGGAGGGAGACUUCUGCCGCCUGCGCGAGAUUGUCACGCUGAAGAACCGCUAUCCAGAUGCGUACUUGUACUUGGAUGAGGCCCACUCGAUCGGGGCGGUGGGCGCCACGGGUCGAGGUGUCACUGAACUGCUGGGCGUGCCCACGGCGGAGGUGGACGUCAUGAUGGGCACUUUCACCAAGUCCUUUGGGAGCGCGGGAGGCUACGUCGCCGCGUCGAAGGAGGUCAUCAGCGCGCUGCGGCGUAACGCGCCCGGCAGCGCCUACGCCUCCGCCAUGGCCCCCCCGUGCGCUGCGCAGGCUCUGGCGGCGCUGCGGCUCAUCACGGGAGAGAUCGGCGGCAGCGUGGGCGCGCAGAAGCUGGCGCAGAUCCGGGACAACGCGAACUUCUUCCGGACCCGGCUGGAGGAGGAGGGCUUCAAGGUGCUGGGUGACGUCGAUUCGCCCAUCGUCCCGGUGAUGCUCCACCACCCGAACAAGAUGGCGAAAUUCUCCCGCGCUUGUCUCGAGCGGGGGAUCGCCGUCGUCAUCGUGGGCUACCCGGCCGUGCCCGUUCUGUACGAGAGGGUCCGUUUCUGCAUCUCCGCGUCGCACACGAGGCAGCAGUUGGCUGAGGUCGUGAGCACGGUGACCGAGAUCGGCAGGAGCAUCGGCGUCCUGUUCGAGAAGUCGAUCAGCCGCGCGGAGUUUGCCGCCCGCGCAGAGCUCGAUGCCGCCUACGCCGCCUGGCUCCGCACCGCCCCCCUGGAGCUCCGUGGCUUCGCGCCGCCUGCCCAGGCCGCCGCCGCGUGGGCCCCCGAAGCAGUGGCCCCCGCGGCGCCGGCACUGGAGGGCAUCCAGGCGCUGGCGUUGGAGGCCGCGGUGGCUGCGGAGCCGAGGGGCGCCGGGCUGGACGUGCGCCUGUUCGACCCUCUCGGCUGGUCGGCGAGGCCGCCAGAGGCGGCCCGCCAGGCGAUCAGCAGCGCCAUGCAGAAGUACGGCUUCGGCUCGUGCGGCCCGCGGGGGUUCUACGGGUCCACCAUGCCGCACAUGGACCUCGAGAAGGCACUGAUGCUCUUCCUGCGCACGGAGUCCGCCAUCUCCUACUCCGCCGGCUGCGCCACGAUGUCCAGCGUGCUCCCCGCGCUCGUGCAGCCCGGAGACCGGGUCGUGGUGGACUCCGAGGCCAGCCUCGGCAUCAGGACCGGGCUGCGCCUCUGCAGGGCGGAGGUGCGCUGGGUCGAGCACGGCAGCCUGGCGGGCGUCAGGGCCGCGCUCGCUGAGCCGCCGCCGCUUGCGGGCAAGGGGCCCAAGGCGGCGGCCAAGCUCAGGCGCACCUUCAUCAUAGUGGAGGCGCUGUGCCCGCGCACGGGCCUGGUGGCGCCCCUGGCAGACCUGGUCCGGCUCAAGGAGGAGCACGGCGCGCUGCUCGUCCUCGACGAGUCGCUUUCCUUUGGCACGCUGGGCGCGCACGGCCGCGGCCUCUGCGAGCACGCUGGCGUGGCGACGGGCAGCGUGGACGACGCCAUCGUGGGCUCCCUCGAGCACGCCGUCGCCGGGGUCGGGGGCUUCUGCGCGGGCAGGCGAGGCCUGGUGGAGCACCAGCGCCUGGCGGGCGCGGGCUACUGCUUUUCGGCGGCGUGCCCGCCGUCGGCCUGCUCGGCGGCCACCGCGAUGAUGGCGGAACUGGCCAGCGAGCAGGGCGCGGCCCAGGUGGCCCGGCUCGGGGCCCGGGCGGCGGCACUGCACGGGGCUCUGCGGGCCGCCGUGGCUGCGAGCAGCGCGGCCCUGGAGCUCACCGGCAGCCCGGAGUCCUACGUCCAGCACCUCCGCUGGACCGGCGCGGCCGACCUCGCCGAGGAGCAGCUGCUCGGCAUCGCGUCUCGCUGCGCGGCGGCCGGCGUGCGCGCGCAGGUCUGCUCGCCCAGCCGCCUGCACGCGGAGGGCGCCUUCGGCGCUCGUGUGGGGGCGCCGGUGACGGCGGCCGCCAGCCUGCGCUUCUGUGCGUCCACGAGGCUGACCGACGAAGACAUCCUGAGCAUCGGGGAGGUGGUCAGCAGAGUGCUGAAGGCACAGUGAACAGAGGCUGCGAUCGCCGCGCCCAUACAUGAUGAAUCAGCUAUUGCUUGAAGUCUUCUUCAUACCAAGUGCAAAAUAGCACUAACGGUGCGCGAAGACUCACGAAUUGUUUGUCUGUGUGCGAGGCCAUACCCAACCGUCCGUGCGUGCGUGGAGCGAGUACAUAGUUCCUUUGAGCUCGCGACCAGCAAGGCCAUCGCACGUUCGUGUCUGCCUCGCCUUGCCUCCUUGAGCUGCUUUGCAUGCAUGUUCUGCUUCUCGCCAGUGUGGCGUCACAGCAUAGCAGAAACGAUCACAGCAGCGUUUCCUCAGUAUGCUGCUGUAUGCCGGCCAUCAUGCGAUACGUACAAGGGUACACCGCAUGUAUCGAUGCCUGGCGCCUUGGGAUCCGCGAAGAUUUUCCAAGCAGGACUCCCAGCCUUCCGAAUCUUGUACAAGACACGUUGUGCUCCUCCUCUCCCUCCCACUUCUCACUCUUCUCCUUCUCCUCCCCCAUCCACCCCCUCCUCCCUCUGUUGCUCGUCCUGAACAUUAUCCUCCCAAGGUGGUGUGCGUAUGAAUCUAGCGCCCUGGACCGAGCCGCUCUAGUUACCGAGCGUAGUUACCGAGCGUCACGGGCUCCAACCAUGCCUUCUUCUCGCCCGCAUUUGGC